AUGGAGGGCCAGAAGUUCAAGGUCUCGAUCAAGGUGAUUUCGGAUGUGAUCUGCCCCUGGUGCUUCAUCGGCAAGAGGAGGCUCGAGCAGGCCAUUGCCCGGCACUCGGACCAGUACGAGUUCGAGGUCAAGUGGCUCCCCUUCAUCCUGCAGCCCGCCCUGCCCCGCGAGGGAGUCGACCUGCGCACCCACCACCGCAAGCAGAUGGGAGCGCGCGCCGACGCCAUGCUCGACGACCUCAAGUCCGUCGGUAAGGAGGUCGGAAUCAACUUUGUGGGCGACGGCACCAUCAACAACACGGUCGACGCCCACCGGCUGCUCGCCUACGCCGACCGUCUGGGCAAGCAGGCCGCGGUGAUCGAAGGCCUCUUCGUGGCGCACUUCGAGCAGGGCAAGAACAUCGGCUCGCUCGACGUGCUCGCCGCCAUCGCCAAGGACGCGGGGCUCGACGAGGAGCAAGUGCGGACGUACCUGAAAACGGAGGAGGACCUCGAGUGGGUGAUCACGAUCGACCUCUUCUGGAAGGAGCAGCAGACCGAAGGCCUCCCCUUCUUCGUCUUCAACGACAAGAUCAGCUUCGCGGGCGGCCAGGCGCCCGAGGUGUUCGGUCAAGUCUUUAACGCCCUCAAGCAGCAGGCCCAUGCCGAGUCUUCCUAG